AUGAAUACAAGCGGCGGGAAUGAGAUUCCUCCAUUGGGUAUCUGGGCUUGUACUCUGGGACAGGGUGGAGACCUAGAAUAUCUGCAAGAGCCUCAGAGUCUUCCAGGCACGUCCAACUUGGAGGAGAUCCCAGGGGAGACCCAGGACACGCUGCCUUUCAGGAGAUGUCUGUAUUCUGGGAACACUGCACAGUUAGCUGUAUUUUAUGUUUUAGACAAAUCGGAGUCCGUAGGUCGGCUGAUAUUGGAACGCUUCAGGAAGGUUUCCCGUUUCCCAGAGGCCUUCAGCUCGGUGCAGUACUGGGGCACACAGACUCUCACCCCCCCGACUGACUUCCAGGGCCUGCGGAAUCAUCUGGAGCAUCUCCUGGAUAACAACAUCACACGUUCCCCGCGCUCGCCUGUGGUCAUAUUUAAAGCCCUUCAGGCACUGAGUGAACGCUUCAAUGGUGAAAUUGCAGGUGAACUAGUAGCUCAUAGCUGUUUCUUUCCGGAUGAGUACUUCACUUGCUCCAGCCUGUGCCUCAGUGGAUCUGGUUGCAAGAACAGCAUGAACCACUUAGGAGAAGGCGUGUGCCACGAGGCGAAGCAUCGUUGUCGUUAUUCAGUUCAGUAUGAUAAUCGCAUUUACACCUGUAAGGCUUGCUAUAUUGGUGGGAAGGAAGUGGUAGUCAUCCCCAAGACCUCAGCUUCCUCAGACUCUCCUUGGAUGGGCCUUGCUAAGUACGCCUGGUCUGGGUAUGUUAUUGAAUGUCCCAGCUGUGGAGUCAUUUAUCGUAGCCGUCAGUAUUGGUAUGGGAACCAGGACCCUGUGGAUUCGGUUGUCCGCACUGAGAUCCAACAUGUAUGGCCAGGGUCUGAUGGUUUUCUGAAGGACAACAGCAAUGCAGCGCAGCGUCUUUUGGACGGAGUAAACUUGGUGGCCCAGUCUGUUUCUGAGCUCAGUGUCAAACCUGCCAAGGCUGUCACCUCUUGGCUGACGGAUCAGAUCGCCCCAGCUUACUGGAAACCCAACUCCCUCAUCUUGGUGUGCCAUAAGUGUCACACAGUCUUCCAGGACAACGACACCAAGCAUCACUGCCGUGCCUGUGGGGAGGGAUUUUGUGAUGGGUGUUCUUCCAAAGCCACACCUGUUCCUGAGAAAGGGGGUGUCGCUCCUGUCAGAGUGUGUGAUGUCUGCUUUGAGCAGAGAGCAUCAUGUGCAGAGCUGGUAAACAUGGAGCAUGAGGAAGAUGAAGGUGGAACUCUAGCCAGGAAGGUUGGAGAGGCAGUGACUAACACCAUCGGUGUUGUGGUCACUGCUAUUGACAUCCCACUUGGCCUCGUGAAAGAUGCGGCUCGUCCUGCUUACUGGGUGCCUGACCAAGACAUCCUCUCCUGCCACAGCUGUCGCCGCGACUUCACUGCCAAGUUGUCCAAGCACCACUGCCGCGCCUGUGGCCAGGGAGUGUGUGAUGACUGCUCCCCGGAGCGCCGAGCGGUUCCAUCGCGGGGCUGGGAUCACCCCGUGCGAGUGUGCUCCACCUGCAACCAGAAAGCUGGAGAACUUUAACAGCAAAUAGCCUUCUGUCCUCAGAGCAGCAGAGAGGAGCGCUCACUCCCUCAGCCAGCAGUUUGUCACUGCUUUACCUCCAGUACUCAAAUGGUUCGGCGCCAAUUCUGCAUCAAAGGAAGCUUCUAGUCAGUGUAGCACAUUUGGGAUUUUACAUUUCUUGUGGCCUUGUAGAACAGCCAGAAUACAGAAGAGUGUGAAAAUGGUGUUUCCACUCUAGUAAUAUUUUAAAUGUCACUGGCACAUGUCCAUAAUUUUAAGGUUCAGCUAUUUUUAUACUACCUAAAAAAAAAAAAGUAUAAUUUAAAGGAUAUUAGUACAUUUAGAACUCUGAGUUUAGCGUUAUUUCUCCGAUGUAUCAUCUGUAAUGUUAAGGAGAUAUUUUAUAUCCAGGCAGGUUCCAUUGCAUGCUGCAUUGCAACAUUUUAGUUUUUGCACUAAGCCAUUUCCAGCUGUUAUAGGCUGUCUGUUAGGAAGGCUACAAACCAGAUAUUCAGGUGAUCGAGCUGUCUGCCCUCAACGUGUCUUGAAAUUUGGGUUUCGAUUGUGGAUAUCUGUGGUGCCAAAAAUCAUUCAGGUCACUGUGUGUCUACUGGUAUGAUGUUUGUAACUUAUGUGACGUGUAGUUGUUUGAAGACAAAAUGAUGUUAGUACAUUUGAAAUGUCAUGAAAUUAUGUAUCGAAAGUGGAAAAAAUACACUUUAGCUCUCUGGCAUGCAUGACACUCAACAACCAGUUGCCCUUUUUUUACUCAGCCUGUUUAAACCGCACGAGCUGUGUUAGUGAGCUGUUUGUUUUAACGCAUACAUAAAUGGUCAGUUUUGCUUUGCAGAUUUUCAGUAUUUACAUGUCAGUCUGUCUGGCUGGCUUUGCGGAGCUAAAAAUGUCCGUUUUGUCUCCAAACCACUUUUAGGUUGAUGCCUUCAGGUUUUCACCGUCAGUCUGAUAAGCUCAAGACUGCUGAUAAAGGUGACUGUAUUUUUUUUAAUAAGUUGUGACAGCUUACAUUAAUUUUGUCCAAUAUUGAAAGCUGCUCUAACAUUUUUGGCUGUUUCCUGUGUGACACUAAUUACCAUAUAUAUAUAUAUGUACUAUAUUUAUCAACUUUAAGUGACGUGUGUCAGAUACCCCUUCCUUCCCUAUUUUUUUGUUUAUUUUGUGUACUUCAGGAAAACAGAAAUACACAUACAAUAUUAGUGACUGAGAACUUCAAUUAACAUUUAAAAUGUCUUGCAUCCUGAUUAGUUUUGAUUAAAAACUGAAAUGAUUACAUCUGGAUGUCAA